UGUGAGUGUAACUUUGUCGUCGGGGACUGACGCGCGCUAAUAUCGUCUGGGAUGGCCCGUCUGGCAUUUUAUGCUUGCGCUAGCAUGGCCGUCACUGAUGGCCAUUCACCCUUGCCCAUACUGACUGUCUCAGAUGGACCCGGCCGGCGAUAGUCUGGCCAGUCUGGUCAUAGGCCACAUUCAAUGGAGAGGGCAUCAACUCACGCACAGCUGGAGCUAGCAAGGAAGGUGGCGCACAGCCCAGAUCUUAUAACCGCUGCGAGGUCGCUUUGCAGUUUCACUCCCCCGUUCUUUCAAAACAUCUUGUGUAUACGUCCUCCUCAACGCCAGUGCUACCUGUCCAUUCCUACUCGAGCUACAUCCGCUACCUCUCCCCGUCGCCCCAUCCAGAGUCACCUACGCACGUCGGCCCGAUAUGCUGUCCCUCUUCAAGUUCAAGUGGCUGAAGUUCGGCGACAAUCACGACGCACCUCCCAACACUCCCGCAUCCAACUAUCCCCCAAACAGCCCAUCUCCGCCUUCCCUUACCGGUUCCUCCUUGACUUCGAGCCCUUACGCGAGCCCUCCCCAAGAUGACACGCCCCGGGAGUCUGAACUGCCCUCGCUCGUGCCUUCGCCCAGCCCGACAUUGCACAGCUUGGUGGAAGCCAUUCCACUUCUUCAGCCGGCGCCACGUUACUACCGCCACAGCGGCUGCAGGGCAUCGCCAAAGCGUCUGCUUGGACGUAAGGACCCGCAGUCUAUACCCGCAGAGGAAUCCGAUCGCCCAACCCCUCCUAUGGCCCGCGUUUAUCGCUGGACGUCUACCGGUCCGCGACCACUUGAGAGGCAUCUCAACUGCUCUACCUACCGCCGCCUCGCUUCGCGCAUGCUGUAUUGGGACUUGCCUCCGCACAAGGAGGACGGGGAAGCGGAACCUGCCGACCACCACUCCAUCUGCCUCUGGCCGACUUUCGGCAUUGAACCGGCCGAGCUCAAGGCGUUCUUGUCUGUAGCCGUCGGCGAGGUUGCCUCGAUUAACAUCCGGUCGCAGUACCUCACCAUCUCCUUCGAGAAAAUGACGGGAGCGGGGGCGGUCUGGAUUUUGAAAGAGUUGUUCGUCCUCGUGGGGCCCUGAAGCUAAAGUCCGAUUGUGCUGUGCUGAAUGUGCAUCUGUGAUAUUGUGGACCUUGAAUGUCUAUAGCUGCGGCGCCACCAGGGAGAGGAUGCGUCAAGGAGUCACUGAAGGCUCAUGUUCAUCAUGUUGACUCACCGUGAUGGCUGGAUGCUGGUCAACCAUAACCCGUCAACAAUCUCGCGUCAACAAUGCGUCACCGUCUCUAAUCUCUUCUCCCUUCCUCCCUCUUCUCAUAAGAUGAUGAACUCGACUCUUUCUCUUUCUCUCCCCACUCAGUCGACUGUCAACAUGCGCCCUUCCGUGCAACCUCCCCCCUCCCCUCCUUCGACUCCCCCGUUUCCCCGUACUCCUCACUACCGAAGGUUCCUGUCCC